GUUCGAGUCCCGUCAGCGUAGUUGAAGGGUUCGCGUGUCCGACCAUGGGCGGGAGGGCAUCGUUUCUGUAGGCCAAGGCCCUCAACCAAGACCUCCGCGGAGAGCAUUUCGUGGUCACGGGUGCCAACACCGGGCUGGGGUACACAACCUCUCGCGAGCUGGCCCAGGUGGGGGCAAAGGUCACCUUAGCAUGCAGGAGCGAAGAGAAAGGCCGGGAAGCGGUCGAAAAGCCACGCAAGGAGGCGCUGGCGAAGCCGGUCGCGGAGGCACGUGCGGCGUUGAUCUGCUUGAGGGACUCAGCGAUGUCGAUGUGCAAGUGGAGGUCCUGGACUUGGGAGUGCUGCAGUCCGUGGUCUCCUUUGCGCAGAGACUGAAGUCGUCCGGCCAGAAAAUCGACGUUCUCAUCGACAACGCCGGGAUCAUGGCCAUCCCCACCGAGAAGCGUAGCGUAGACGGCCUCGAGAAACAGAUCGGGGUGAAUCACUUCGUCACGCACCUUCUGAGCAGAUUGAUGGGAAAGCAGAUCAUCGAUGGAGGCCGCGUGGUGUUCUUCUCUUCCGUGGCGCACAAACAUGGCGGUUGUGACUGGGACAACGUGAACUACACCAAGCCCAACGAGCACGGGCCCAUGAUUGCGUACGGUCGGUCCAAGCUCGCAAACGUCCUCGACGCGAAGGGGUUCGCCGGGCACCUGAGCGAUCGCAGGAUCAACACGUACGCGCUACAUCCAGGGGUGGUCAACACGGACCUCUUUCGGAACGCUACCGACGGCCGCUUAAUCUCUCGCAUGUUUCAAGUGGUUUAGUCUCUCGGGACCUUUGUGCUGGCGUCCCCCCUCACGGGGUCGUUGACCACCCUUCGAUGUGCGAUCGAUCCAGCACUCGCCGGUCCCGAGUUUUCGGGAAAAUAUUGGUCCCACACGAAGCAAGUCAAGCCGUCGGCGCUGGGGUCGGACCCUGCCAACCCGCCUCGCCUUUGGGAAAUCACGGAGGAACUGCUGGAGACGAAACUGGGAAAGAAGAUCGAAGACCUCCUGAAAUAGUCAGCUAGUGUGUGAAGGUAGGUGAGACACGACAGCCGGUUGCUUGCGACAAAGCCCACGCCUUGUAGCAACAACCUUGUGCAGUUCGUGCUAAAAAGCAUGCUAUUUUCAAACAGUUCGCUCGGGAAAUGUCAUGAGGCUUACCUUUCUUCGGCGGCUGUGCCCAAAGGGGGUCAUUGCUUAGGCGGUACGUGGUGUCGCGUUCCUUGGCGGUGUCGACUUUGACGGACGCGGUAAGACCUAUGGCGUUGAGUUUGUGGCGGUAAUGCCAUGUGGCAGAAAUUGUUUGAGCGGUGGGAAGUAUUCGGGCAGCAGAAUCGCUUUGAGUUGGCCCCAGGGUUGUUGAAAAUUGUUUUUUUCACCCAUCUGCCUUUGCGUUACUGUCGUGGUCCCUGUUUAGUGCCGGUUGAAUAGUGCCGGUUGCCGUUAUAGUGCCGGUGUUGUCGGCUCGCACAAACUGGAAUACCAAGUCGUUCUGUACUUCGAAUAGUGCCGGUGUCCGGUUUAGUGCCGGUGAAAUUUCGGCGCACACCCCGGCACUAAAUAGGGACCUCUACUGUAGCCCCGGGGUGUUCGUGUUCCGGCAAUCUAUUGGGUGGCGUCGCACACAAACCCACGGACACAAUUCCAGGCAGCAUUCUCGUGUGUGCGCCAGUUGCCGUAUUUGUUGACUUGGUUGGGGUGUUGAACAGCAGGUGCAUCAAUCACAGCAGACAAGAGACCACACUCCCCGUGGACUUCUCGCCCCGUGUAUAUUUUUUUGUAUGAUCGCCCGUCUAACUUUGAUGAACCCCCGGUGUUUGCUUUCACCAGAGUCAAAUGAUCCCCCCCGGGAUGCGUUCUCAAGACAUUAUACGGUAAGCUGGGGAAGAAAGGAGGUCGAAGACCUCUUGAUAGUUCGUGAAGGUAGCCGAGUUGCAUCCAACAAGUCCAUUUUUUUGCAACAAUGCUAAUGUAUUGUGGCAUACCGUGUGCAGUUCGAGCUAUGUAUGUACGCGUUGUCCCAAGGGUUUGCAGGCCCACGCGUUUUCGAUUGUAAUGACAUGAAGCGAUAUUUUUUUCAGCGGUAGACGGUAUUGCGGAUUUGGCGGUAUCGAGUUUGGCGGAGGCGGUAAAACUUCAAUAAAUGGUGCUUUCUCGGCGGUAACGCCAUUCGGCGGUAAAUUCUCGGCGGUUGUAGACUGUUCGUGUGGUUUUUGGCGGUAAGUAACUUGGCGGAGGCGGUGAAAGAGCUGGUAUAGAAGGCGGUAUACCGGUACCGCCCACCAGGGGGGAUUUUCCCAGCGGUAACGUUACCGAUGAACCCUUGCUAUUUAGUGGAACAAUUGUAGCAUACGCUAAGGAUAAGAGAAUGGAGGUCAGACCGAAAACUUGCUCGUAGCAUACGUGAGUGUAGGUCAAGAAAAACAGGCAGCUCGUAGAGAAUAGGCCAAAUAACUUUCGGAGUAUCAGGCACUAAAAUCCUCGCUGUGUCCGAAAGCAAAUUUGGAAAAGGAGGUUGGGGGACAGUUUUUUUUUGCGAAAAAUGGA